AUGAUAAUCGCAGAUCUUGGAUUAGGAAAAGAGUUGGAUAAGGUUCCAAUAACCUCAGCGUCUGAUGUUCAAGGAAUGCCUGCUUAUGUAGAACCACAAGUUUUUCGAAAUACAAAGUACAAGCGUGAUAAGAGGUCAGACAUCUACAGCCUUGGUGUCCUUCUCUGGGAAAUUUCAAGCGGAGUUCCUCCCUUCAAAGGCACCCUUCCACAGAGUAUACCCAUUAUCAUAUACAACGGUACAAGGGAGUUACCGGUUAUAGGAACGCCAAGUGCUUACGUUGAGCUUUACACAAAAUGCUGGAGUGACAAUCCCAAAGACCGUCCUGACAUUGUGGAAGUAAUUGAUUUUCUUGAUGAAGUACCUCCAGAUUCGGACAUUAAAUCAUCACAACCAACCAUUAAAGUAAUAGAGAGCGAUUCAAGAAGUAUGAACAUCAAGCAGGAGGAUACGAGGCUUACAAAUUUUUCGUCAUCGGCUUCUGCUUCGUUUUUGCAGGUUAACAGAGGCUCGUCACUAAAUAUCUCCGAGAACUGGAAUCAUAUUCAAUUGUCAAAUGACGCGCUGGGAAUUGAUAAAAAAGACAAUCCUAUGCGUAAUGCGGAUUCUAGUAAAAAUUUGGAUUCGAAAGAAUAUCGAAAAAGUGUAAUUUCCAAUUUGUCUAAAGAAAUUUUUGAAUUGCAAUUGAUAUGCACGCGAAAAGGGUCGCGAAAAUCUUGGAAAGAUAUGAUAACUUGGAUUGAGAAUAACAAAUCAAACGCUCGAGAAAUUUUUGAAUUUUUCAAUAAUAACGAUUUUUUACAUAGAGAGGUGAUAUUAGGUAAUUUUCAUAGCAUAGGAUUUGGAACAGAAAGAAAUCUGCAUGAGGCUUUUCGUUGCUUCAUAAAGGCAAGUAAGGGGGGUGAUAGAUUGGGUGAUUAUGAAGUGGCAUUAUGUUAUGAAAAAGGAAUUGGCGUCACCAAAGAUAUUGCAAAGGCCAUUUAUUUUUAUGAGAAAGUCUCCAGCACUGAGAUUGAUGGUGAGAAUUCACACGAUGAUGGUGUUGUUAAUGCGAAAUACAUGCUUGGAAUGAUUUACUCCAAUAAUGAUGUUGGAGAUAAGAAAAUGGAUGCAUUAAAAUUGGUUAAAAGUGCGGCUGAAGGUGGCUAUGCGCCGGCACAACAUUACCUUAGUCAAUAUUAUCAGAGUAGAGAUUUGGAGAAAGCUCUUGAAUGGGCUGAUCGGUGCGAAAAGAACGGUGGAUGGAAGUAA